UCGUACCAGCGAGCUCUCUUCCUCUGCCCCCACUCCCCCCCCUCCUCCCCCUGUUGCCCCCCCUCUUCCAGGUUCAGGUGGGUCACCUACAGUGAUCUUUAACUCUGGACUUGCAGAGGGUCCUCUUAAGUUAUUCUCGGUGAAAAUAAAGAAGCCAAUCCAGACCAAGUUCAGGAUGCCUGUGUUGAACUGGGUCGCCCUUAAACCAAGUCAGAUCAACGGGACCGUCUUCAACGACAUCGACGACGAGGCUAUCCUGCAGGACCUGAAUGUGGAGGAGUUUGAGGAGAUGUUUAAGACAAAGGCUCAGGGUCCAGCAGUGGACUUGACUUUGUCCAGACAGAAAGUUCCUCAAAAAGCUCCAUCCAAAGUAUCUCUGCUGGAGGCCAACCGGUCUAAGAACCUGGCCAUCACUUUAAGAAAGGCCGGCCAGGGACCGGAGGUCAUCUGUCGCGCCAUCCACACGUUUGACCUUCGCACCGUGCGAGUCGACUUUGUCGAGUGCCUCAUGCGUUUCCUGCCCACUGAAGCAGAAGUGAAACUUCUACGCCAAUACGAGAGGGAUCGAAAGCCCACCGAGGCUCUGAGUGACGAAGACCGGUUCAUGAUGCAGUUCAGUCGCAUUGAGAGACUCAACCAGCGCAUGUCCAUCAUGACCUUCAUGGGCAACUUCGCAGACAAUGUACAGAUGUUAACCCCGCAACUUCACGCCAUGAUCGCAGCUUCAGUUUCUAUCAAAUCAUCUCAGAAGCUCAAGAAGAUCCUGGAGAUCAUUUUGGCUUUGGGGAACUACAUGAACAGCAGUAAGAGAGGAGCAGUGUACGGAUUCAAGCUGCAGAGUCUCGACCUGCUCUUGGAGACCAAGUCCACAGACAGGAAACAGACGUUGCUUCAUUACAUCGCCAACGUGGUCAGAGACAAAUAUCCUGCAAAGUGUUUGUUCUACAACGAGCUUCACUAUGUGGACAAGGCUGCAGCAGUGAGUCUAGAGAACGUGCUGUGUGAUGUGAAGGAGCUGCAGCGCGGCAUGGAGCUCACCUGGAGAGAGUUCAGUGUUCAACACAACGCCAUUCUGAAGGAUUUCAUCAGCAGACACGAAUCACGGCUUAGCAAACUGCUGGAGGACGCACGCAUCGCUGAGGAUGCUUUUGAAGACGUGGUGAAAUUUUUCGGAGAGAGUUCAAAGACGAUGCCGCCAUCUGUGUUCUUUCCCAUCUUUGUUCGCUUCAUCAAGGCAUACAGGCUGGCAGAGGAGGAAAACGAGCAAAGGAGGCGUCAAGAACAAAUAUUACUGGAGAAGAUGGAGCAAGAGGACCAGCAGGAGGAACAGGAGACCAAGUCUCCCUCCCACAGGGGCAAGCGGCAGCAGCAGGAGCUUCUCACAGAGCUCAGACGAAAACAAGGAAAAGACAGUCGCCAUGUUUACGAAGGGAAGGAUGGAGCCAUUGAGGAUAUCAUCACAGCUCUGAAAGCUGUACCUUUCACGGCCCGAUCAGCCAAACGCAGCUCUCGCUUUUUCUGUGACCCCGCCCACUCUGAGGAGCACUACUGAGAGAGAGACAUUAAAUCACAGCAAAGUACUCAACGACCAAUUAGCACUUUGAAAGGCUGAGUGAUGUGAGGUGAUGAUGUCAUAGUCUGUGU